GAGACUCUUGAGCCAAGACCCCCCCCCUUUUGCCACGCCCCCUUGGUUCAGUAGCUUCAUCUCCAUGGAAUGGGGUGGCAUGGACGGCCGCAGCGUAAUGCAGGCGAUGGUGGAGGCGGCCGUCUCGGCGGCGGUGAGUGGCACGCUCAGGGCGGUGCAGCCGGCUCAAUUGGGCCAGUCGGAGGUGCCGCCGCCGUCAGCCUCCUCGAGGCUGCAGCCGGUGCCGAAGCUACAGCUACUGCCUACGGCUCUGCGGCGGGGACAGCCCACGCCGAAGCCCACGCCGAGGCCCAGCUGCUCCCCUCGGCCUCCUCCGCUGGCCCUCGAGACGGAACCGCAGGCGGGGACGGCAUCAGGUCUGGGGAAGGACGAGCUGGAGCCUCAGGGUGCUGCCCAGACCGGGCUGCAGCCCGCUCGCGCUUCGCCGGCCGAGCCCAAGAGGGCGGAGCGCCCGCCUGGGCGCUGGACGCUGCCGAGGGAUCCGGGGUCGAACUCGCCUACCUCGUCGGGCCCCAGAUGGCGAGCUGGUCUGGCACAGGUGCGCGCGGGAGCACGUCCGCCGGCGGAGGCCACGCGCGAGGUGAGGACAGAUGGAGAUCGGCCUCUGGCGGCACCCAGGCUGGACAAGCCGAUGCACGAGGAGCAGCCGAUCUCGGCGGGGCCGGCCGAGCGCUCCGAGCCCCCCGCUCCGGAGUCGGUCCCCGCCGUCACCGAGUCCCCUGCGGGAAGUGAGGCGGCGUCGUGCGGCCCGGGAUCAGGGCAUUCACCAUCUGAGCUGAGCGGCGACUUCAACAGCGCCGUGAUCUCCGACAGCGACCUGGAGGACGAGCAGGCGCACCUCGAUGCUGUUCUGGAGCCGAUGGCCGGCGCUGGCUCGGGG